AUGGCUCUGUUCAUGGACUCAGACUUCUCUUUACUGAAGCACCACCAGCAGACAGACAUGAUGGAUCUGAAGGCGUUAUUUGGAGACCAGGCUCACUGUAAAGCAGAAGCCCGGGCUGAGAGCGCCGUGUCCUCCCCGGAGCCCGACAGAGCCGCCGCUCUGAUGGAGGGCCAGAGGAAAAGGAAGCGCACCAUCUUCAGCCGAGCGCAGCUGUCCGAGCUGGAGCAGGCCUUCGCUGUGACCCCCUACCCGGACAUCACCCUGAGGGAGAGGCUGGCAGCGCACACACACCUGCCCGAGAGCAAGAUACAGGUGUGGUUCCAAAACAGAAGAGCCAGAAGCAUCAAGACCGGGAGACUCCCCAAGUCCACCAAGCCUGUCCUGGGAGGUAGAGGGGUUGUUGAUCCCUCCACUGGGCCUGUGGCCUCUGCUUUCCUUGCAUCAACCACCCUGGCCGACAUAUUCAGACAAGAGCAGAGCCACUCCUGUGAGGACGUCCCGCAAAUGUAUUCCGACUGGAUCCAAAUCUACAGCAACCCUGUAUCAUCGCCACCGUCUUCCUCGUCUCUCCACCAGCAGCCCACACUGGGCCCCUCAAAGCCCUCGGAGUCCUGCUUCUGGGAGGAAGAGCAGCACCGCCAGCGGCAGCACCUGGCACCAGCACUCUCCGGUUUUCUUCCGGGUUCUUUCCCUCAGCCCAUCAAUAGGCAGCCUCAUCACCCAGCCCCCACCCGCUCCUACCAGGCCUUCAGGAACUUCAAACCCCAGACUAUGGCUCCAUCUGGGACUCAUCAGCCCAUGUACGGAGGCAGCAAUACAGGCGGAGGUCACACCUCUGUAGACCAGGUAGUCCCUUCACACCCUCAGCCAGUGUACUGGGAGGUAACUCAGGGCCAAGGACACCACCACCCACACCACCACCACCACCACCAUCAUCACCACCCACAAAUGGGACCACAGACCUCCAUGGGCUACAUCUCAGACCUGAUCUACAACGCUGCUAUUGUCACCAACUUUCUGGAAUUCUGA